GAGAGCAAAAAAGAGAAUGGAUUAGAUAUCGGAUACUUUCAGCUGUUUAGGUUUGCAACCUGCCAGGACACGGUGGUGAUGGUGGUGGGGGGCCUGUGUGCCCUGGUCCACGGAGCUGCCUCCCCUCUCAUGCUGCUCGUCUACGGGAUGAUGACCAACACGUUCGUGGCCUACGAGCUGGAGGUCCAGGAGCUGUCGAACCCUAAUAAGACGUGCAUCAACAACACCAUCGCCUGGACGAAUGGCUCCGUGUUUGUGACGUCAGACAACGGCACUGUCUUCUGUGGGGUGGAUAUUGAGGCACAGAUGACCAUGUUUGCAUAUUAUUACGUCGGUAUAGGGGUUGGAGUGCUCAUUGUCAGUUAUUUUCAAAUUGCCCUCUGGGUGACAGCGGCAGCACGACAGAUCCAGCGAAUCAGGAAGACUUACUUUCGAAAGAUUAUGAGAAUGGAAAUAGGCUGGUUUGACUGUAAUUCUGUGGGAGAGCUGAACACCAGGAUAUCAGAUGACAUCAACAAGAUCAACAAUGCCAUUGCUGACCAGGUGUCUAUCUUCAUCGAGCGGAUCUCCACCUUCAUCUUCGGGUUCAUGGUGGGCUUCAUCGGGGGCUGGAAACUCACCCUGGUGGUCAUCGCUGUGAGUCCUCUCAUAGGCCUGGCCGCCGGACUCAUGGCCAUGGCAGUGGCCAGGCUGACUGGCCGGGAGCUGGAGGCGUACGCCAAGGCUGGUGCUGUGGCCGACGAGGUGCUGUCCUCCAUCAGAACAGUGGCAGCCUUCGGAGGCGAGGAGAAGGAGGCUGAAAGGUAUGACAGGAACCUUGUGGAGGCCCAGAACUGGGGAGUGAAGAAGGGCACCAUCAUCGGGCUGUUCCAGGGCUACCUGUGGUGCAUCAUCUUCCUCUGCUACGCCCUGGCCUUCUGGUACGGAUCCAAGCUGGUGAUAGAGACCAAGGAGUUGUCUCCAGGGAGCCUCAUUCAGGUGUUCUUUGGCGUCCUCAUGGCAGCCAUGAACCUGGGUCAGGCUUCGCCCUGUCUGGAGGCCUUUGCGUCCGGUCGUGCUGCGGCCAAGUCCAUCUUCGAAACUAUAGACAGAGAGCCAGAAAUCGAUUGUUUCUCAGAAGAGGGUCACAAACUCGACAAAGUAAAAGGAGAUAUUGAAUUCCACAAUGUCACGUUCAAUUACCCUUCUCGGCCAGAUGUCAAGAUUCUAGACGACCUGAGCAUGGCGAUUGAAGCAGGGGAAACGACUGCCUUCGUGGGGCCCAGUGGAUCUGGGAAGAGCACCACCAUCCAACUCAUACAAAGGUUCUACAACCCCAAGGAAGGAAUGGUGACCCUGGACGGCCAUGAUGUCCGCAGCUUGAACAUCCAGUGGCUUCGCUCCCUCAUCGGCGUAGUAGAGCAGGAGCCAGUGCUGUUCUCUACAACCAUAGCGGAGAACAUCCGCUUCGGCAGGCCUGGGGUAACAAUGGAUGACAUCAUCCAGGCAACGAAGGAGGCCAACGCCUAUAACUUCAUUAUGGAACUGCCCCAGAGGUUUAACACGCUGGUUGGAGAGGGCGGAGGGCAGAUGAGCGGAGGGCAAAAGCAGAGGAUCGCCAUCGCCAGAGCCCUGAUCCGGAACCCCAGGAUCCUGCUCCUGGACAUGGCCACCUCCGCCCUGGACAACGAGAGUGAGGCUGUGGUCCAGCAAGCUCUGGACAAGGCUCGUUGUGGAAGGACAACCAUAACCAUCGCCCAUCGCCUGUCGACGAUCCGAAACGCCAACGUCAUCGUUGGCUUUGAGCACGGCAGGGCUCUGGAGAGGGGAACACACAGCGAGCUACUGGAGAAGAUGGGCGUUUACUUUACCCUGGUCACCCUGCAGAACCAAGGGAAUGACACGGCUCAUGUGACAGCAGUCAGUGGUCCUGACAGUCAAGCCAUUGAGGAACAGGUCACUGAGAAAGUUCGAUCUUUCAGUCGAGGAAGCUAUGAAUCUGGCUUAAGGAGAUCUCUUCGGCGACGUUCACAAACACAGUUGUCAAAUGAAUUUAUCCCUGACGCUAUAUCUAGCAGCCUCAAAAUGAAAUCCAGCCAAUUUAGUGCCACAAUAGACCUGGAGACAGCACACUCACAGGAACCCGAGGCUGAGUUGGAGCGCGUCGAGCCGGCCCCCGUGACUCGUAUCCUGAAGUACAACCAGCCCGAGUGGCCCUACAUGCUGCUGGGCUCCCUGGGGGCGGCUAUCAACGGCUCCGUCAACCCCAUCUACGCCAUCCUCUUCAGCCAGAUCCUGGGGACGUUUGCCAUCCAAGACCUGAACGAACAGAGGCGGCAGAUCGAUGGGAUCUGUGUUCUGUUCUGCGGCGUGGCCGUGACCAGCUUCUUCUCACAGUUCCUGCAGGGGUAUGCCUUCGGGAAGUCUGGAGAGCUUCUGACGCGCCGGCUGAGGAAGGUGGGCUUCCAGGCCAUGCUGAGACAGGAGGUGGGCUGGUUCGAUGACCCCAGGAACAGUCCUGGAGCCCUGACCACCAGACUGGCCACAGACGCCUCCAUGGUCCAGGGGGCAACUGGAUCUCAGAUUGGCAUGAUUGUGAACUCCUUAACUAACAUCGGAGCCUCGUUCAUCAUCGCCUUCUACUUCAGCUGGAAGCUCAGCUUGGUCGUCAUGUGUUUCCUGCCACUGAUUGGACUAUCGGGGGUCUUCCAAGCCAAGAUGUUGACAGGCUUUGCAAAUGAGGAUAAGAAGGCAAUGGAAGACGCAGGGCAGGUGUCCAGUGAGGCUCUGGCCAACAUCAGAACCAUCGCUGGUCUGGCCAAGGAGAGCGCCUUUGUGGAUUUAUACGAGCAGCAGCUGGAGGCUCCGUACAGGUCUGCCAAGAAGAAGGCCAACAUCUACGGCAUCUGUUUUGGCUUCGCUCAGUGCGUUAUCUUCAUGGCCUACGCCGCCUCGUUCAGAUACGGAGGUUAUCUCGUCAGCUCCGAAGGACUUAACUACAUGGUGGUGUUCAGGGUGAUCUCGGCUGUUGUGAUCAGUGGGACUGCUCUGGGGAAGGCCUCGUCCUUCACCCCAGACUACGCCAAAGCCAAGACGGCAGCGGCACAGUUGUUCAGACUGUUGGACCGGGUCCCCAGGAUCAACAUGAGCCACACAGACGGAAAACAGUGGGAUGAUUUCAGAGGGGAGGUUGAGUUUGUCCACUGCAGGUUCACGUACCCGAGCCGGCCAGACGUGCAGGUGCUGAGGGGCCUGGCGGUGUCGGUGAAGCCCGGGCAGACCCUGGCGUUCGUGGGCAGCAGCGGUUGUGGGAAGAGCACCAGCGUCCAGCUUCUGGAACGCUUCUACGACCCCGACGAGGGCCAGGUGCUGAUCGAUGGGCGUCCCUCCGCCAGCGUCAGCGUGCCCUUCCUGAGGGCUCAGAUCGGGAUUGUCUCCCAGGAGCCUGUGCUGUUCGACUGCAGCAUCGCUGAGAACAUCCAGUAUGGAGACAACCUGCGCGCUGUGGGGAUGGAGGAGAUUGUCGAGGCUGCCAGGAAAGCAUACCUCCAUGACUUUGUUAUGACCCUUCCAGACAGAUACGAGACUCAGGUUGGGGGCCAGGGCUCCCAGCUCUCCCGGGGGCAGAAGCAGCGUAUCGCCAUAGCGAGGGCCAUCGUCAGGAACCCCAAGAUCCUGCUCCUGGAUGAGGCCACCUCUGCUCUGGACACAGAGAGUGAAAAGACGGUGCAGGCGGCUCUGGACGAGGCACGGCGUGGACGCACCUGCAUCGUCAUCGCCCACAGGCUGUCCACCAUCCAGACGGCCGACAUCAUCGCCGUCAUGUCCCAGGGCGUCGUCAUAGAGAAGGGCACUCACGAGGAGCUCAUGGCCAAGAAGGCUGCCUACUACAAACUAGUCACGACAGGAGCGCCCCUCAGCUAAACACCUCCUCCCCUCUGCCAGGCGACAGACUGACGCUGUACUUGACAACUGGACGUAUUUAAUUAAAGUGUGAUCCGUAGGUUUCAAUUACAUUCGUUUUUCCUAUUUAUUCAUUUAGAAAGAAAUGUGCUCUUGGAGUGUACAUUUUUGAUUUCGUAAAUGUUUUGGCACCUUGCUUUGAUAGAGUCAUUUUUAUAUGUGGAAUAUCUGUUUUGUUUAUAAAUAUCAAUGAGCCUCUUGACAUGACCUCUCCCAGUGUGGCUGUUGUGAACCUGAGCCUGUUGUCCUUGUGGACCAGUGAUAGUGAGCUGUUGAUAGCACGCACUGUUGAGACACCCCGAGUGACUGAUAAGAUGCUCCAGUGAUAGGCUGUUCUGGAUUCCUCCCUGUUCAACAUGCCAGUACUCAGUCUCACUCCUCUCCCCGAUGACACAAGACUGAAUCAUUAAAGACAGGAAUAGAUCAUUAACCUGCGGCGCUGAAGAAAUCAUCGAUGACGGGUCGAUUUGUUUCUUAUUUCCAAGACACCUGUGAGGCCUGGCCUCUGGGUUUAUCAUUAAUCACAUGUUUUUAAACGCCCCUUUGUUCUCCAAACAGCACUUCACAAAGUGCCAAGAUGUGAUCCUGGAUCUGAGUCGUUCAGCCUGUAUGUACUGGAUUUGUAUUUUAUUAAAGCUCAUUCAAACGUC